AUGGACGGGCACCAUGACGACCCCGAUCGGGCGCUUGAUAACUCAGACGGCAGCCCCUCGCAAGCAAGCCUAUCCUCCUACUCUUUUCCUGAUGACCGACUGAAGAAGGUCAUGGACGACCAGGAAAAGACGCCAUUGCUCCUGGUCGCGUGUGGCUCGUUCUCUCCUAUUACCUAUCUUCAUCUCCGCAUGUUCGAAAUGGCGGCGGAUUAUGUGAAAUUUAGCACGAAAUUCGAACUCAUUGGCGGCUAUUUAUCGCCUGUGUCGGAUGCAUAUCGGAAAGCUGGUCUUGCCAGUGCUCGACAUAGGAUUGCCAUGUGCCGAUUGGCGGUGGAUAAGACAUCAAAUUGGCUAAUGGUUGACCCUUGGGAGGCUUUACAAAAAGAAUACAGUCCUACUGCAAAGGUCUUGGACCAUUUUGAUCACGAAAUCAACACAGUCCGCGGUGGAAUAGACGUUGGCAAUGGGACUCGCAAGCCGGUGCGAAUUGCUUUGUUGGCUGGAGCAGAUCUCAUUCACACCAUGUCUACACCUGGUGUUUGGAGCGAGGAAGAUUUAGAUCAUAUCCUUGGGCGUUACGGCACAUUCAUCGUGGAACGCAGCGGCACAGACAUAGACGAAGCCAUCGCUGGUCUACAACCUUGGAAGGAUAAUAUCUACGUUAUUCAACAGCUCAUACAAAACGACGUGAGCAGUACCAAAAUACGACUAUUCCUUCGUCGUGAGAUGAGCGUUCGGUAUCUGAUUCCCGGGCCGGUCAUCAGUUAUAUUGAAAAGCAUAAUUUAUAUGAAGAAGAUGGUGUUGCGAGUGUCUCUUCGAACGCCGUCGAUAAAGGGGCAACCAAACACCACACUUCCGAAGCCAAGGCUUCAGCUUUCGACUGA